AUGGACAUUCACAUCCAGGGAGUAUUAAUCCUCAAAGACGCAAUGAGAAUUGGAAAAUAUUUAAAAGCUAGUGAAAAAAAUAGAAAAAAAGACAGUAUUUCAGGUGUCAAAGGUCUUCUACAAAUGAAUAAAACUCAUUUUGAAGGUGUGGCAAGCAUUGAAGAUUCUGUUCAUUACACUGGAAAAGACUAUAACAAAUGCUUAUUACAUCAUAAAAAACCCAUUAAUCCAAAUGAUCCAAAAAGCAAAAUUAUGUUAUGUCGAUGUGAUUAUUUUGAUCUAGAAAAGCAUUGUGAAUGGUGCAAUAAAGACUGUAAAAAAUAUAGAACUUGGGCAAGAUUUGAUGAUAAAUCUGGACCGUUUGAAUUUGGAAUUUAUAAGGCAAAAAAUAAUAAUCCAUUUGGAAAAAAUAAAUUUGUUGACAGAACUCCUGAUAAACAUCAAGUUUCAAUUGAAAUCAUGAAGGAUCUUAUUAAAAAUGAUCUAUUUGGAGAUGAGGCUGUAAUUAAAUAUGCACCAAAAAUGUCGAACUGGGUAUUAGAUCUAAAAAAUGUGUAUGUUAUCCAUUUUAGUAAUAUUAGUUCAGAUGAUUCAGAUUAUACACGUAAAAAAAAGAAAGGUAAAAUGGUUGUGAUUGAUUCUAUUGCUAAAAAUUUAAUAGCAGAAAAAGAAUCUAUAGAUCUUGAACAAGCUAGAAUUCAGUCAAAUUACGUAGAAUUAAACAACAAAUCACAAGAUCCAGAAGAAUUUUUAUCAGAAUCAGAAUUGUAUGAAUCAGAUGUUAUACUUGAUAUCUCUGAAGAUAUGCUAAGAAACGCAAGCAUAUAG